ACCACCACCACCACUGAGUUCUCCCCUAAUGCAAACCACAUCUUCAACUCCAUCCACUCGUCGAUGCGCCAAUGGGGCUCUUCCCUGCAGCACAACGGCAUGUCCUUCUUCCUGGCGACCGUCCCCGCCGGCACGCAGUUUUACCAUGGCAACGCCAACCCCGCGCCGGUGAACGGGACGGAGUGGCUGGCGUUUGAGCCCGAGCAUGCGCUGGUCUUUGCGCGGCCGGGCCCGUUCAAGAAUCCGCCACCGCCUCCUCACGACGGCGACGACGACGACGAUGACGGAAAAAAGGGAGAUCUGCGGAAAGAGAAGCGGGCAGCGGCCGAGCAACAGGAAUCGGAAGGCGGUUGGCUGCACACCUACACCGCCGCCAAGGACCUUCGGCUGCUGUACGCGGACGGCAUGGCAGCAGGGAAAACCGCCAACGGGACGCUCGACGGCGAGGACCGGAUUCUGUUCCAGGAUAACCUGCCCAGCGAUGGGGCGAUGCACGGUGAGCGCGCGCGCGCGGUUGAGUUCUGCCGCAUGGCCCGCGAGGACUUCGACGGACGGUUGGACGGUUUCCUGCGCAUGGAGGCCGGGUUUGAGAUCAUCCUCUGUGACUUCGCGCGGGAUCUGAAGGAGGUGCGUGUCACGCAGGUCAAAUCGAACAAAAAGUCUUCUGGGAGCCCGGGAGGACCGGGUAAAGGGAAGGGCAGCGGAAAGGGGAAACCUGGAAAAGGGGCCGGGGGGCCCGGGGGAGGCGCGGAUUGGAUGAAGGCGAUCACGGCCCGGUACGGCGGCAUCGGCGGCCACCGCGUCGCGCUGAACUACGAGACGUUCGUGUCCGCCUACACCUACGGCCUGGACCUGUUCCACUCGACGAACGAGACCUUCGCGCAUCCCCGUCUGAUGCACCUCUCCGCGCAGCAGCUGCGGCCCAUCCGCGACGACCUGCACCGUCUCGUCCUGGACCACACCGCCGCCGAGAAUCUGUACGACUGGCAGGCGAUCGCCGACAUGGUCGUGGAGCGCUACGCGCGCGAGAUCCGCUACCUCGCGUCCGGGGCCGUGGCCACGGUGGCCGACCUGCAUGCGGAGAUCGAGACCAUGCUGGUCCCGUUCAUCGACUACGCGGACCGCGAUACCGACGCCGAGCGCGAACGCUGCGCGCACCAGUUCCUCCCCGGCGAGAUCGCCGUCGAUGGCGUCGCGGCCACUGCCAUCCACUCCGUGGCCCGCAGCAUCUGUGCGACCAUGCUGGCCGCCUGGCAGGAGCCCGACUACCAAGCCGCCGUGGACCACUUCCGGGAGCUGAUGAACUACCUGGCCUGGACGACGUGGAAGCAGUGCAGUGGCUGCGGCGACCACGAGGUCUGCGUCGUCCCCAUCUGGCCCAUGGGCACCCUCGAGGACUAUGAGCACCCGCAGUGUCGCGAUUUCUCGAACCCCGUCAGCCCCGGCCAGAGCUACUGGGGCGACCGCCGAGGGCCUCGACCGCAUGAUCCGGAGGAUGAGGAUGGGCAGGCAUCGGGCUGGUUGGUGCGAUUUGUCCGGUAUGUGCUUGAGAUCUUU